AUGUCUGCCAUCCUCUCCGUCGACGAACUCAACGACUUCAUCAGCCCCGGAGUAGCCUGCAUCAAGCCCGUCGAGACCCUACCGACCGCCCCGCCCGCGUCGUCCGAUCCACAAUCCCUCGAAUUUGAAGUAAUCCUAGAUGGCCAGCAGCAAUCCACAUCGUCGGGCACCGCGGCCCCGGCACAGAUAUCCCUAACCGACUGUCUUGCUUGCUCGGGCUGCGUGACCUCAGCCGAGGCCGUCCUGGUCAGCUUACAAAGCCACGCCGAGGUCCUCAGCAUGCUGGACGCGGCGCCCUCCCUGAAACUCGUACACGAUGACCAAGGGAGGUGCACAGUUUCAGGGCUAGAAAACCCCUCGUCCAAGCUGUUCAUCGCGAGCGUGUCCCCGCAGACACGGGCUAGUCUAGCCGCUGCGUGUGGCGGGGGACUCACAGAGCAGGAGGCGGGGCGGAUGAUAGAGCAAUUGCUUAUGGGCGAGCAGGGGCUGGCGAGAGGCGGAAAGCACGGCAGCAGCUUCACAUGGGUGGUGGAUACCAACACGGCGAGGCAGGCCUGCCUUGUGCUGGGGUCGGACGAAGUCCUUGGAUUGGGUGAGGGGAGGGUUCAGCCGGUAAAUAACAUGCCCACACAGCCAAUCCUUACGUCGUCCUGUCCGGGGUGGGUAUGCUACGCCGAAAAGACGCACCCAUACGUGCUGCCUCACCUGUCACGGGUAAAGUCGCCGCAAGCAUUGAUGGGCACGCUCCUCAAGACAACGCUCAGCCGGCUCCUGGGCAUUUCACCGGACAGGAUAUGGCAUCUUGCUGUUAUGCCGUGUUUCGACAAGAAACUCGAAGCUAGUCGGGAGGAGCUGACCGACGCCGUCUGGGCGGCGGACGCUGGCACUGGCACGCCCAAGAAGGGAGUCAGGGAUGUGGAUUGUGUCAUUACAAGCAAGGAGAUUUUUAUGCUCGCGGAGUUGAGGGGGGUAGAUUUUUUCGGUCUGUCUACGUCAGCUCCUCGGCAGCCCCCAUUUCCCGAUCCCGUUCUUCAGCGCUUCCUGUUCCCCGCAAAAAGGCGCAACCAACAUCGGGAUGCGGGCACAUCUGGUGGGAACCUCCACUUCAUUCUCCACGAUGUCCAGUCGAGACACCCUGGCUCGCAGAUCCGGACGACGCGGGGCAGAAACGCCGACGUCGUGGAGUACGCUGUUAUCAACCCUUCAGGCGACGCCGUUUUUAAAGCGGCGCGCUACUACGGCUUCCGCAACAUCCAGAACCUUGUUCGGAAGUUGAAGCCGGCCAAACCAUCUCGCAUGCCCGGCGGGAAGCCCUUUGGCAGCGCGAGAAGGCCGACGGGCAAGUCGACUGGGUUGGAUUUUGCCUAUGUCGAGGUCAUGGCAUGUCCCGGUGGCUGCACCAACGGAGGCGGUCAGAUCAAAGUCGAUGACCGGGUCAUCAUCGACCGCAAAGAGUUCGGUGAGAAACCAGGGCCGCAGGAGCAGAAGGCUUGGUUGGCAGAAGUCGAUGAGGCAUAUUUCUCGGCGGAUGAGCCAGAGUCUGUGAACGGCGUCGAUGCCGAAGUUGACGGCAAUCUUUCCAUAGAUCUUGUUGCUGGAAUUUCUCCUUCGCACAUUCGUGAUACCCUGGCGCAUUGGGCGGAUAUAACGGGUAUACGUUUGGAUAGAUUGGUGUACACGAGUUACCGCGAGGUCGUGAGCGACGUGGGCAAGAGCCAGAGCGACACAGAGCGGGUUGUCCAGCUGUCAAGCAAGAUAGGCGGCGGUUGGUAG